AUGAAUUAUCUCUCUUUUUACGUUAAUGGUACAGAAAUUAUUGAGCGUAAUGUUGAACCUGAAUGGACUCUUCUUUGGUAUCUAAGAAAUAAAUUACGAUUAACUGGUUCGAAAUUGGGUUGUGGAGAAGGUGGUUGUGGAGCAUGUACAGUUCUCAUUUCAAGAUAUAUUGGUGGAGAAUCUGAGGAAAUUGAACAUCAUACAAUAAAUGCCUGUUUGGCACCAUUGUGCUCUGUUGAUGGAUGUCAUGUGAUUACUGUUGAAGGAUUAGGUUCAGUAAAUAAAUCAAAUCUUCAUUCAACUCAAAUACGUCUUGCUGAAUUAUCUGGUUCACAAUGUGGAUUUUGUACACCAGGAAUGAUCAUGUCUCUUUAUGGUACUCUUACAUCAAAAAAUAAUUUCUUACCAACAAUGCAAGAUAUUGAAGAAUCUUUUGAUGGAAAUCUUUGUCGAUGUACGGGAUAUCGUCCAAUUCUUGAUACUGCAAAAACAUUUGCUAGUGAUAUAGAUAAAAUUCAUUAUGAAAAAUCGUCAUCAUCAAUAACAUCAACUACAAUGGAUAAAUGUUUAUCAUAUAUGGAAAAAAAUUCUUUACCAUUUACUCAAGUCGAAUUUCCUUCAAAACUUCGAAAUUAUAUUCCUCAAUCAAUACAUAUCAAAGGUUCUUCGAUUGAUUGGUAUCGUCCAGUAUCACUUAAGGAAUUACUUCAUCUUCGUCAUACUUAUCCAGGUAAUCAAUCAAAACUUAUUUUUGGUAACACAACAGUACAAAUGGAAAGAAAAUUUCAACAAAUCAAUUAUCCUCGUCUUAUUGCAAUAACACAUAUAAAAGAAUUACAAGAAAUAAAACGAACUGAAGAUUCAAUAUAUCUUGGAGCUGGUGUAACAUUUACACGUUUAAAAUCGAAAUUAAUUGAAUGGAAGGAUACUAAUGAUAGUUUCUGUCAAGCUUUACUUGAUCAAUUGAAACAUUUUGCAUCAACACAAAUACGAAAUGUUGCUUCACUUGGUGGAAAUAUAAUUGCUGCGUCUCCUAUUUCUGAUAUCAAUCCAGUAUUAGUAGCUGCAGAUGCUACACUUGAAUUACAUCGUGCUGAUAAUACUGAAGUACGAUACAUUCCAUUAUGUGAUUUUUUUCUUGGUGAUCGUCGUGUAUCACUGACUGAUAAUGAAGUUCUUGUUGCUAUUCAUAUUCCUCUUGUAAAAUCAUCAAAUAAAUAUUUUCUUCGAUCAUAUAAACAAGCUCGUCGUCGUGAUGAUUCUAGAGGACUUGUUAGUGCUGGAUUUAAAGUUCAACUUGAACAAUCAAAUUUAGUUAAUAAUCAAUGGCAAAUUAUUUCAGUUUGUUUUUCAUUUGGUGGAAUGACAUCAAAAACAAUUCAAGCAACACAUACUCAACAACAAUUAAUUGGAUUACCUUGGACAAAAGAAACAAUUAAUCAAACAUGCGAAUUACUUCUUAGAGAAAUGCCACUUGAUGAAUUAAGUCCAGAUGGUAAACCUGAAUACAGACGAACAUUAGUUCAAUCGUUUGUUUUUAAAUUUUAUUCAUAUGUAUGUAAUGAAUUACGUCAACCAAUAAUCGAUUCAAGUAUUCUUUCGUCGUAUCAUCGACCAAUAUCUCAUGGACAACAAACAAUACCUGAACGACCUCAAUCACAGAAAAUUGUUGGAAGUUCAUUACCACAUCGAUCAGCUUAUUUACAUGCAACUGGAGAAGCUAUUUAUGUUGAUGAUAUGCCAUCUUUAAUCAAUACACUUCAUGCUGCACUUGUACUUAGUACAAAACCAAAUGCUCGAAUAAAACAUAUUGAUACUGAGUCUGCUUCAAAAGUUUCUGGUUUUGUAUCAUUUGUCAAUUAUAUUGAUGUACCUGGUUCAAAUAAGACAAAUGGUAUAUUAACAGGUGAAGAAGUAUUUGUAUCGUCCAUUGCACUUUGUAUUGGUGCAAUAAUUGGUGUUGUUGUUUGUGAAACAGAACAUGCAGCUGAAAUGGCUGCAAAUCUUGUUAAAAUUGAUUAUGAAUUAUUAUCUCCAACAAUUUUAUCAAUUGAUGAUGCUAUUAAUUAUCAAUCUUAUUUUGGUGAUGAAAUAUGUCUUCAAAAAGGUGAUAUUGAAAAAUCUUUUAUCAAUGCUGAACAUAUAUUAGAAGAUACAAUUUAUAUCGGUGGUCAAGAACAUUUUUAUAUGGAAACAAAUUCUUGUAUGGUUAUUCCAUCGAAUGAUGAUAAAGAAAUAACAUUGUAUUUGGGAACUCAAAGUGCAAGUUCUAUGCAAGAAUUAACUGCAUUAGUUCUCGGUCGAGAUGUUAGUCAUAUAACAUGUCAUGUAAAGCGAGUUGGUGGAGCAUUUGGUGGAAAAGAAUCAAGAUCUUUUCCUCAAUGUCUUGCUGUCGCAGUAGCUGCUGUUAAAGUAAAUCGUCCUGUUCGUCUUAAUCUUGAACGUCACAUCGAUAUAUCUAUAACUGGACAUCGUCAUCCAUAUAAAAUAAAAUAUAAAGUAGGAUUUACAAAUGAAGGUCGAUUUUUAGGACUUGAUCUUCAAAUGUGGAGUAAUGGUGGUUGUACAUUGGAUGCAUCAAGAUCUGUAAUGGAACUUUCUAUGCUUCAUGUAGGUAAUACUUAUCAAUUUCCUAAUAUUAAAAUUCGUGGUUAUGCUUGUAAAACACAUUUACCAUCAAACACAGCUUUUCGUGGUUUCGGUGGACCACAAGCAAUGUUUGCAUGUGAAACAAUUGUUGAACAUAUUGCUGCAUAUCUUAAACGUGAUCCAUUAACUAUUCGUCGUCUUAAUCUAUUUAAAGAAGGCGAUACAACUCAUUAUGGACAAGUUUUAGAAUUAUGGAAUGUUCCUCGAAUUUUAGAUGAACUUAGUAAAUCAAGUGAUUUUAUUCAAAGACAAACAAAUGUUGUUGAAUUUAAUCGUCAGAAUAUUUAUCGAAAACGUGGUAUAUCUAUGAUACCAGUUAAAUUUGGUAUUGGGGGUAUAGUUAAAUUUUUUAAUCAGGCAGGAGCUCUUGUUCAUAUCUACAAAGAUGGUUCCGUAGUACUCACUCAUGCAGGUGUCGAGUUGGGACAAGGAUUACAUACAAAAAUGAUAUCAAUAGCUGCUGAAGUAUUAGGUUGUAGUAUUGAUAAGAUACGAAUUAGUGAAACAGCAACAGAUAAAGUGCAUAAUAUGAGUCCAACAGGUGGAUCAGUUUCGUCGGAUCUUAAUGGAAUGGCUAUAAAAAAUGCGUGUGAACAACUUCGUCAACGAUUAGAUACACUGAUUGUUGAUAAUAAUGUUAACAUUUCAUGGGACGAUCUUGUAAAACAAGCUUAUUUUAAUCGUAUUGAUUUAUGUGCUCAUGGAUUUUAUGCAACACCAAAUGUGUUUGAUUAUGAUUUUACUCAAAAUCAAGCUGCUUACAAUUAUUUUACACAAGGUGCAGCAGUAACUGAAGUUGAAUUAGAUGUAUUAACAGGAGAUUGGCAUCUUUUACGUGUUGAUAUUCUUAUGGAUGUUGGUAAAUCACUCAAUCCUCAAAUUGAUAUUGGUCAAAUUGAAGGUGGCUUUAUGCAAGGUAUUGGUUUAUAUACUAUGGAAGAACUCAUAUGGGGUGAUUAUACAAAAAAUAAAUGGAUUCAACCAGGAAAAUUAUUUACUUGUGGACCAGAUACUUAUAAAAUUCCAUCAUUUAGUGAUGUUCCAAUUGAUUUUCGUGUUUCACUUCUAUCUGAUUCAUUAAAUCCACGAGCUAUUUAUUCAUCGAAAGGUAUUGGUGAACCACCACUCUUGCUUGGUUGUUCAGUUUUCUUUGCAUUAAAACAAGCAUGUAUGGCCUAUCGUGAACAACAAAGUUUAUCAGAUUAUUUUACACUUUAUUCACCAGCAACUGUCGAACGACUUCGUAUGGCUUGUACUGAUGAAUUUACUCGUCGUACAUGUCAUGAUCAACAUGAAACAUUCCAACCGAAUGGAUCUUUUUGA